UUUCAAUGACUUGUGGGUGACGCAUUCAAUCCAUUCACUCAAUUGCGAAUAAACAAAUUGUUUUUGCGAAAAAUAAUAUUGAUUUAGCUACAUAUUGGUAGCAUAAGUGAACAUAAUAAUAUUAUUUAAUAAAAUCAUUUCAAAAGUACACAGCAAUGGUGGAAGAAGAUGAAUACGGGUGUGUAAAUAGAACACAACUUAAAAUCAAGGAUAAUUCUGGAAUCAAAAAGAAAAAGAAGAAGAAAGCCAACAAGGAAACAGAAAAACGAAUUGAAAAUGAGGUAAAACAACAAAUUAAACAACAAAGCAAUCCGGACAAUCGCACCAAGGCUGAAAUAGCGUUCCAAAAGAUGCAAGAGAAAAUGCAAAAACAAAGAAUCCAACAGAAAGCAGAAAUGACACACAAGCAAAGAGUGGAGAAAUUCAACCAACAUCUGGACAGUCUCACUGAACACUUUGAUAUUCCUAAAGUAUCUUGGACAAAAUAAAUAUUGGUUGUAUUGUAUUGUAAAUAAAAACUUGUAUGUGAA